AUGGCGGGUGUUCAGUUGGGCGGCGAAGGUGAACUGAAGCUGCUGGGCACAUGGGCGAGCCCAUGGGUGUCCAGAGUGAAACUUGCCCUCCACCUGAAGGGCUUGAGCUACGAGUACAUCGAGCAGGACCUCGACAACAAGACCAGCCUUCUCCUCGCGUCCAACCCGGCGCACAAGAAGGUGCCCGUGCUCAUCCACAACUGCAAGGCAAUCUGCGAGUCGCGCGUCAUCCUGGAGUACAUCGACGAGGCCUACAGCGCCACAGGCCCUUCCCUCCUGCCUGCCGACCCCUAUGAACGCGCGAUCAGUCGGUUCUGGGCUGCCUACAUUGACGACAAGCUGGUUGUCCCGUGGGUUCAGGCGUUCAAGAACAACACAGAGGAGGAGAGGAUCGAAGGGAUGAAGCAGACGCUGGCGGCAGCAGAGACGCUGGAGGGUGCCCUCAAGGAGUGCUCAAAGGGGAAGCCCUUCUUCGGCGGCGAUAGCAUGGGGUACGUUGACGUCGCGCUGGGCGGUCUCAUCUCGUGGCUGCAGGGAACGGAGGAGCUCUGUGGUGCCAAGCUCUUUGACGAUGCCAACACCCCGCUUCUGCUCUCCUGGGUCGAGCGGUUUGUCGCGCUGGACGCCGCCAAGGUGGCUCUUCCCGAUGUCGGCGAGCUGGUUGAGUUCGCCAAGAUGAGGCUUGCCCAGCUAGGUGCUGCAGCGGCGGCUGCUGCAACUGUGCCUCCCAAGAACUGA